GCCGAGGCGGCGGCCCGGACGAGCAGGCGGAGACGCGGGGCUCUGAUCUGGCGGAGGCCCGCCUCGGUGUGGGGGACGUGGGCAUCGCCGUGCGCCCGGGGCUCGAGAGACUUGAGCAAACUUUGAAAGGUAACCGGAGACGCUUGUAGCCCGUCGCCGAAGAGAAAGCCGCACCGUUACGUCUCGGCGGGGAGGGUAAGGCGACACCCUACCCCCGAUCCCCCAGCCCAGGCCCAGGAGUUUGAGUCCCCGGCGGCCUCGUGAGUGCCACGCGGAGGCGGCUGCGGCGCCCCCUCGGCUGGCGGCCUCGCCCCCGCCGUGCAGGCACCCUAGCGCCCUCGGCUCCGCGCCGCCCACGGCCCGGCCCCGGCGCCGGGAGGACUCUCAUGCGCCGGGCGCGGCGGCGCCUCCCUGCAUCGAAGCCGCUCCCCAGCGCCUCGUCUUUUUCCUCCAGCUGAGAACGCCACUGCACUCGCGGCCCGCGAUGCGGGGCCCCGGCACUGCGGCGUCGCACUCGGCCCUGGGCCUGUGCGCCCUGGUGCUGGCGCUUCUGGGCGCGCUACCCACGGGCUCCCGGGCUCAACCGUACCACGGCGAGAAGGGCAUCUCGGUACCCGACCACGGCUUUUGCCAGCCCAUCUCCAUCCCGUUGUGCACGGAUAUCGCCUACAACCAGACCAUCCUGCCCAACCUGCUGGGCCACACGAACCAAGAGGACGCCGGCCUCGAGGUGCACCAGUUCUACCCGCUGGUGAAGGUGCAGUGUUCUCCCGAGCUGCGUUUCUUUUUAUGCUCCAUGUACGCGCCCGUAUGCACGGUGCUCGACCAAGCCAUUCCUCCGUGCCGCUCCCUGUGCGAGCGCGCCCGCCAAGGCUGCGAGGCUCUCAUGAACAAGUUCGGCUUCCAGUGGCCUGAGCGGCUGCGCUGCGAGAACUUCCCGGUGCACGGCGCCGGCGAGAUCUGCGUGGGCCAGAACACGUCCGACGGCUCCGGGGGCGCGGGCGGCGGCCCCACCGCCUACCCUACUGCUCCCUACCUGCCAGACCCGCCUUUCACUGCCAUGCCCCCCCAAGAUGGCAGAGGCCGGUGGUCUUUCCCCUUCUCGUGCCCGCGCCAGCUCAAAGUGCCCCCCUACCUGGGCUACCGCUUCCUAGGUGAGCGCGACUGCGGUGCCCCAUGCGAGCCGGGCCGUGCUAACGGCCUUAUGUACUUUAAAGAGGAGGAGAGGCGUUUCGCCCGCCUCUGGGUGGGUGUGUGGUCGGUGCUGUGUUGCGCCUCGACGCUCUUCACAGUGCUCACCUACCUAGUGGACAUGCGGCGCUUCAGCUACCCAGAGCGACCCAUCAUCUUCCUGUCGGGCUGCUACUUCAUGGUGGCUGUGGCGCACGUGGCGGGCUUCCUGCUAGAGGACCGUGCCGUGUGCGUGGAGCGCUUCUCGGACGAUGGCUACCGCACGGUGGCGCAGGGCACCAAGAAGGAGGGCUGCACCAUCCUCUUCAUGGUGCUUUACUUCUUCGGCAUGGCCAGCUCCAUCUGGUGGGUCAUUCUGUCCCUCACUUGGUUCCUGGCAGCUGGCAUGAAGUGGGGCCACGAGGCCAUCGAGGCCAACUCGCAGUACUUUCAUCUGGCCGCGUGGGCUGUGCCGGCGGUCAAGACAAUCACCAUCUUGGCCAUGGGCCAGGUGGACGGGGACCUACUCAGUGGAGUAUGCUAUGUGGGCCUCUCUAGUGUGGAUGCGCUGCGGGGCUUCGUGCUUGCGCCCCUGUUCGUCUACCUCUUCAUCGGUACGUCCUUCCUUCUGGCCGGCUUUGUGUCUCUCUUCCGCAUUCGCACCAUCAUGAAGCACGACGGCACCAAAACAGAGAAGCUGGAGAAGCUCAUGGUGCGCAUCGGCGUCUUCAGCGUGCUCUACACCGUGCCAGCCACCAUCGUGCUGGCCUGCUACUUUUACGAGCAGGCCUUCCGUGAGCAUUGGGAGCGCACCUGGCUCCUACAGACUUGCAAGAGCUACGCUGUGCCCUGCCCUCCGGGCCACUUCCCGCCCAUGAGCCCCGACUUCACAGUCUUCAUGAUCAAGUACCUGAUGACCAUGAUCGUGGGCAUCACCACCGGCUUCUGGAUCUGGUCUGGCAAGACCCUGCAGUCAUGGCGUCGUUUCUACCACAGACUCAGCCACAGCAGCAAGGGGGAGACUGCGGUAUGAGCCCCGGUCCUUCCCCCACCUUUGCCUCUUGUACCUCCUUGGAGGAGGAGAGGCGUGGUAGGGAAAGAACCGCUGGGUGGGGACUUGUUUCUGUAAGCUACCCCCUCCUCCACUGAGCUUUAACAUGGAAGUGAGAUGUUAUUUGGAGGUGAGAAGAGAUUUGGGGGUUAGAGGUGGUUUUGAGAGGAGGCCUGAGUGAAAAGUAAAAAGGCAGUGUGGGUGAAAAGACUUCCGGCGCUAAGACCUGCAGGAUGGUGCUAACUGUCAAAGACAGGCCGGCUAGGGCCUUGAGGGAAAGGUUGACCUCAGCAGAGACUGGCGAGUUCUUCCCGGCGCCAGAGCUCAGCCAGGGUUGAGUCCAAUCCCUGCUGCAAGGCAAGUGGCUGUCCUCACUCCAGUGAGGCCGGGGGAGGGGGAGAUAGCGUUCUGUCUGCAGCCUGUGCUUUGUUGGGAAGAUGGGGGCCCCCUGUGGUGCCCUUGUCAAGCGGUGGUCAAACCAUAAUCUCUUUUCACUGGGGCCAAACUGGAGCCCAGAUGGGUUAAUUUCCAGGGUCAGACAUUACAGUCCGCCUCCCCGACCCCCUCCCGCCUUGUUUUUCCUCCCCUACUCCUUUCAAGUCUGGUAAAAAUAAGCAUUUGGAAGGCCGGGGAGGCCUGCCUGCUAGAAUCGUAACGCGAAGCUGCGAAAGAGAACGCUAACAUUUCCGAGAGGAGGCCAAGGAGAUGAGUGGUAGAUGAUAGUCCUGCUACUUUUUUCAUUUUUCUUGGGAAGGCGCGAGGCAGAAAGAAAAAGAAUGUUUUGUUUGGUUUCAUACCCUGAAAAGAAGAGAUGACUUGUUGCUUUUCAAAAUAGGAAUGCAUUUCCCCCUUGUCUUUGUUGUAAGAGACAAAGGGGGAUACAAAAGUGUCUCCCUGAGGAAAGGCUUAACUGUGAAGGCAGCAGCUUUUAUAGGCAAAGCAGCAGAAAUCUGCGGUUUCCCUUCGGUUGUUAAUUUGGUUGAGAUAAACAUUCCUUUUUAAGGAAAAGCAAAGGGCACCGUGCUUUCGUACCCAUUCAGCCAAAGGUUCUGACUUGAAUAAAGGAAAUGCAAGGAGUUUUGUUAUUUGUUUUAAACAGAUUUAAUUCAGAACACAUGAUCUAACAGGCUCUGGUAAACAGCUUAAUGAAAUCUCCCUCCAUUCCACACCCCCAUAAACCUAAGUUUCGGGGGUUUUGUCUCCAUCUCCUUCCUUCCAAUUUGUGUGUGUGUGUUUUUGGGGUUUCUUUUGGUUUUUUGUUUGUCUUUUGGGGGGUUGGUUUUUUUGUUGUUAUUGUUGGUGUUUGGGGGCGUUGGGUUUUUUUGUUUGUUUGUUUGGUUGGUUUUUUUUUUUUUUUUCUUCAAGACAGUUUCUCUGUGUAUCCCCUCCCUAUCCUGGAACUCACUCUGUAGACCAGGCCUCAAACUCUGAGAUCCCCUGCCUCUGCCUCCUGAAUGCUGGGUUAAGUAGGAUUAAGGGUGUGGACCACCACACCUGGCUCCCCAUCCAGUUUGAAUCUUCACAGUUAAAGAAGAGGCAUAAUACUGACAGAAUCAAAAGGAAGGGAAAGUUAAAGAGUUAAAAACAUUUUGCCUACAAAUCUGAGAAACCCAUGCUGACCCUUCCUUUCUCUGGUUGCGUGAAGAGGUGAUGUGUAAGGACCAUCGUGAAGGGAGAGGAGAGCUUGUGCCAGGUUCAGGAAGUCAUUAAAGGAAGGUACACUUCAAAGUGACUCUGGAGUUCUUUGAAAUGUGCUAGAAGACUUAAACUUAUUAAUCUUAAAUCGUAUACUUUCUCAUCCUGUAAUAGAAGUCUGGUUCUUUGGCGUGAUUGUGUAAAGCUAAGCAGAGCACCAUGGGAGCUAACCUUUACUCCACCUCUCACACUGUCCUCCCGUCUUGCAGGGCUGCUCAGUUUCUCAGAGCAGUUGUUAAAUUCCAAUCAGGGGGGUACUGUCAUGAGUACAAAUUACUUUAUAUAUAUGUCACAUUCAGUUGAAUGGAGCUGCUCUUAAAGUGAUCUUGUAUUUCUGAGACUUUCAAAAAAACUAGAUUGUUUCUAGCUGCCACUACACAAGUUUGGCAUCUUUUGUGUUUUAUCUCUUAAGUGCAUGUGAAAUUUGUAAAAUAGAGACAGUGCAGUAUGUAUAUUUUGUAAAUCUCCCAUUUUUGUAAGAAAAUAUAUAUUGUAUUUAUACAUUUUUACUUUGGAUUUUUGUUUUGUUUUGCCUUUAAAGAGCUACAAUGAAACCCCACUUUAUCACAUGUACAGAUCACAAAUAAAUUUUUUAAAAAAUAUAAA